AUGAAGACAGCGAUUCUUUCUCUUUUUCUGGCUCUCCAGGCCUAUGCCAAGGUUACGGGCUCUCCCUCUGGCUUUGCUGCCGGUACUACAGGGGGUGGUUCGGCCACCCCGGCAGCCCCCUCCAGUCUAAAAGAACUGGUGCAAUGGAUCACCGAUGACACGCCCCGGGUCAUCCUCAUCGACCGGACCUGGGAUUUCACCGGCACCGAGGGCACCACCUCGGGCAAAUGCUGCAGCAUGCCAUCCACGACUGUCUGCAACGGCGGCACCUCCAAGGGUCAGGCCUGGAUUCAGGAUCAGUGUGACGGAGGAACCUGGGUGUCGUGCACGUACGAUAAUGCCGCGCGGACACCCAUGGACGUGGGCUCGAACAAGAGUAUCGUGGGUGUCGGCAGCAAGGGCGUCAUCAAGGGCAAGGGUCUGCGUGUGCGCAAUGGAAACAAGAACGUGAUUAUCCAGAAUAUUCACAUUACGAAUCUCAACCCCCAAUACGUCUGGGGCGGUGAUGCCAUCACCCUCGACGGCGCGGACAUGGUCUGGAUUGACCACAACAAGAUCUCCCUGACCGGCCGCCAAUUCAUCGUCAGCGGCUGGGGCAAAGCCGGCCACGUCACCAUCUCCAACAACGAAUUCGACGGCCGCACCUCCUGGUCCGCCAGCUGCAACGGCAAGCACUACUGGACUCUUCUCCUCCUCGGCGACGAGGACUACUACACCUUUGAAGGCAACUGGCUGCACGAUGUCUCCGGCCGCGCCCCCCACAUGGGAACCGACCACACCAAGUCGCAGAUCUUCUUCCACGGCGUGAACAACUACUUCCAGAAUGUGGGCGGGCAUGCCUUUGACGUCGACACCAACACCUGGGUGCUGCUCGAGGGCAACUACUUUGAGAACGUCAACACGCCGCUGACCCAGACCUCCCUGAAGUCGGGCGCCAAGCUGUACACCACCAGCACCGUGAAUGCGGCCGGCGCCUGUCUGGAUCAGCUCGGGUAUAUCUGCGAAUGGAAUCGGUUGACGGGGUCCGGUGCCUGGCAGGACCUUACGGAUGCGGAUGUCAAGACCAAGGCGGCUACGUACAAGAAGAGCUUGGUGGGCCAUUAUGCUGUGGCGGAUGUUCCUGCCAAGGUUGUUGCCAACGCCGGUGUUGGCAAGGUGUAA